AUGUCUCGCUCGCGUGUGGAUUACGAUCGAUACAAGCCUACCAAGCGACUGACCCUUACGGAGUACCAGCCUGCAGCCCCGCACGGCACUACCAAAUACGACUGGAACCCGCCACCCGGCCCCGAGCUACGCGACUUCGAUCCUGACCUAGAGGUCCCAGAAGACGAGCAGGUCCAGCUUGAAAUCGUGGAAAUCAUCUCGGGCGGAACCAACAGCAGAGCCCAGGUUCUCAAGUGCAAGAUCAUCAAGCCGCGCGCCUGGAAGAAACACCAUGACCACGCACCGAUCCCACCUCAAGAGAGCAUAGUCGUGGCCAAAGUAUUCGACCAUAAGCUCUGGCCAAGCGACUACGGCGCGCCGAUCAAAAACAUCGAGCUCAAUGACGGUGCCCUCUGUCGCGAAAGCUGUGCUUACAAGCAUCUCCAUCACCACAACUUGACCGGCUGGCCCCAUACCAUCGCGGAGUACUAUGGCACCUGGGCAGUCAAGUUUAUCGUCCGCAAAGUCGAGGGCGAGACUAGUUACAGAACCGUGGGCCUCAUCCUCAUGGAGUACAUUGACGGUCUCUCCAUCGAAGACCUCUGCGACCGGGAUGAGUACGACGUUCUCAUUCCUGACGAUGAGCAACCCAUCAUCUUUCAUCAAUCCGACGAUGAUCACCAGGUGACUCUUGAUAUCAACCUCGACGUGAGGAUGGAAGUUCUCAGGCAGUUCCUCGACAACUCGGUCAAGCAUAUGCAUGUUGGGCUCUUGUGCGGUGACAUUGAACCCGAGAACAUUCUCAUCACGAUGCGAAAUGGCACCGAAGAUCUCAAAAAUCCUCGCGUUGUUGAGCUUGGUCUAAGUCUCGCACAGCUGUGGUCCAAGACGAAGUCCGGGAAGCGGCCGGGCCACAGCGUUCAUUGUCACCAGAUCACUCCACAUCCGCCUCAUCCCAUGGAACGAUUCAGCACCAUCGCACUCACGAGCUUGGUCGGUUGGUUCCCCCAAGAGUGGGCGGACGAGGGCAUGAGGAGUCAAGCAGGAGCAAGGUCAGACAACAAGUUCAAGGAUUGGCUGAUUUGUGCUUUCGGCCCCCUCGAAGAGAACCCGCGGUAUUCCUCCUUCAAGACCAUGCGCAAGUUGAUAGAGAAGAAGAACAAGAUAAUGGCCGCUCUCGAGAAAGGACCUGUGCGUGUGCAAGAGAGAGAUUGUCCGAGAGUCUUACGCGAAGGCGCGGACUUUAUACCCACGGCGCGACUGGAGUACAUGACCGUCAUGGACACGCAAGAAGAAGCAAGGGCUCCAUCUGACUAA